CAUUACUUUUACAUGCAGACUUUGCUGGUGUGGCAAAACCUUAACGAAACCAAUAUAAACCUGUUUCUGGGACUCUGACUUUAAUUUCGAAUGCAUGAUAUCGUUUAACAAAUGAUCACUCAUUAAUUCCUGGAUUUUUUAGAAGCAACAAAAUUUAUCGGUUAAAAAAUGUCGACAACACCGAAAUUAAUCGACCAAAAUGUAGCAAAUAAAGAACCAUAUACAUUCACAACACUCAAGUACAGCUCAGUUCUCAAACACUUAGUGGGGCCAGACAAAACUUCAACAUUACAACCUGGGACUUAUCUGGGUGGGUUACCGACUCCAGUUCCCAGUAUUUAUGAAAUACGAAUUGAAAAGCUAAUGCAAAGUUGCUUGUUUAAAUCCGCGCUUGCAACUGUUGCAGGUGCUGGUUUUGGAGUUGUUUUUGCAUUGUUUACUUUUGGUGUUGAGUCUCCAAGUUAUACGGACCCUUCUAAAGUUCCAACCAUCAAAGAGACUUGGCGAGAAAUGAAAACAAGAAUGGGGUCUACUGCUAAAAAUUUUGCCACGAUUGGUGCAAUGUUUUCUAUGGCACAUUGUUGCAUUGAAACUUAUAGGGGUGAAGCUGACUUAAAGAACAGUGCAUACAGUGGUUUUGUUACUGGAGGAAUUCUUGGUCUCCGAGGUGGCAUUAAAGCUGGUUUUUUAGGAGGAGCUGGCUUUGCUGCGUUUUCUACAGCAAUUGAUUAUUAUUUUCUUCAUCGUUGAUAUUUGACUUAAGUAAAAUAAAAAUGUUUUUUUCUUAUUUCAAUGUGUGGAUAUUAGUUCAUUCUGUUUUUAGUCUUUUUUGCAUUAAGCAAAUUAAAAAAUGUGGGGCUAGAUAAGGUUAUACUGUUCAUGAACUUUAAAACUUGCAUAUUUUUAGUAUUUUUUAAAAAGUUAGCAAUUACGAUUUAUAAAUUGAUAUUUUGUGUUUAAAACAAAAUUUUCUGAUUCUAGAAAUAAAAUAAUAAAUUAAAAAA